UAUCAGUUUCAGAUAAACCCAAAAAAGGAUUGGGUUUUCUUUUGUGAAGACUUUUUUAAGCCUUUUUGGAGAUUUCUGAUGUAGAAAACAGAGCUGCUGUCGUUGCUGUUCAAUAGGCUCCGCCCCCCGCCCUCCCGGGCAGCAGCAGUCCUCUCAUGAAGCAGCAAACGGAGCAGCUGCAUACAUGUGUAGGAUGCGAGCCGUGACUCUCCUCUGGAUACUCAGCCUCCUGGUGAAGGAGGCACAGGCGUGGGGCUACAGAAAUGGAGUAUUUCACAACUCCAUCUGGCUGGAACAAGCUGCUGGAGUUUACCACCGAGAGUCACGCAAAGGGAGGUACCAGCUGACACUGAAGGAGGCCAAGGCCGUCUGUGAAUACGAGGGGGGGAAGCUGGCCACCUACGCGCAGCUGGAGGCGGCGCGGCAGAUCGGGUUCCAUGUGUGUGCAGCAGGAUGGUUCGAUAAAGGGCGCGUCGGUUACCCCAUCGUGAAAGCUGGGGUCAACUGUGGCUUUGGAAAAGUCGGUAUCAUCGACUACGGAUACAGACUGAACAAGAGUGAGCGGUGGGACGUCUACUGCUACAACCCCAACUCAAAGGAGUGUGGAGGAGUUCUGACCGAGCAGCAGAAGACCAUCCAGUCUCCAGGUUUUCCUGACCAGUACCAGGACGGCCAGAUCUGCUACUGGCACAUCCGAGUCCACCUGGGUCAGAAGAUCAGCCUCCACUUUCUGGAGUUUGACGUGGAGGAUGACACGUCAUGCUUGGCUGAUUACCUGGAGGUCUACGACAGUUACGACGACGUCUUUGGCUUCGCAGGAAGGUUUUGUGGCGACUAUUUACCUGAAGACAUCGUCAGCACAGGAAACGUGAUGACCCUGAAGUUCCUCUCGGACGCUUCAGUCACCGGCGGCGGCUUCAGGCUGCAGUAUGUCGCGUUUAACGCAACAGAAACGCACACAUGAUGCUCCUGGACACAAACGUCUUCUUGUUCCUAUAUUGUGUAUCUGAAUACUUUCAGAUCCAGCAUUCAGUGUGUUUUCAUAGGAACAUUUGGCAGAAAGAGUUUGUUUAAAUAAGUGUCUUUGUUUGGUGGAGAUCAUUUUUAUUGUGAUUUCAAAAAUGAAUCCAGAAUAUUCUUAUGAUGAGCUGUGUAAAAAUAAUCUGAGGCUUCAGUUCUGUUAAAAAGUUCCUUCUGUUGUGUGUUUACUUCAUAGUAUAAAAUAAAGUCUUUGAUGCAGUGAUCUUUUAAUGAU